AUGCACGUUAAGGUUACUGACUUUGGUACAGCAAAAAUAUUAGAGUCUACCGAAGAUGGUGAAGACGAACGUGCAAAUUCCUUUGUCGGAACUGCAGAGUACGUCAGUCCUGAAUUAUUGAAAGAGAAGUCUGCUUGUUGUAUUAUAUAUCAAUUAAUCGCUGGACGUCCACCGUUUAAAGGAAACAAUGAAUAUCUGACUUUUCAGAGAAUUGUCAAUCUUGAAUAUACAUUUCCUGAGGGAUUCCCACCGGUAGCAAAAGAUUUGGUUCAAAAAUUAUUGCGUCUGGGUUCUGGGGGUAAAGCAGGUGUUGAAAAAUUGAAAAGGCAUCCGUUUUUCGAGGGCGUGGAUUGGGACAAUAUAUGGAACACACCCGCACCACGUCUACUUCCGUACCUCCCCCCAAAUCCUCAACACAAUAAGGAAGAACUUCGUACAUCUAGCAAAACAUAUUUACGAAAGCUUUCCAAUCAUAGUGGAGAUAACAAUAGUAGCCCAGUUGCAACAGGCCUUAAACAAAAUGAUCCUUUUAGGUUAGAAA